AUGGACUACUAUAAUCCAAUUCGUUCACAUUUUGAGAGAAUUCCCGAGGAGAAAGCGGUUGAUGAUCCGAAACCCGACGAAUCUUAUCAUUCCGACCAAUCCACCGAAAAAGUCGAAGACGAUGCACAAAGAAGUUCAUCUCCAACAUCAACCGACACUGGCGUUGAAGAUGAGGUCAAAUCAUCCGAUGACGAAGGGAAAACAGCAGUGCAGCCAAAAGAUGAGGGAAGCCGCGACUCGAACAACAUCGAAUCAAAGCGAGACACUGAAAGUGAAACGACACCAGCCGCUGGUGCUCCAUACAAUUCUGAAAAACUCAAAAAGUUCUUUGGAAUUAAUGUGCCAGUCAGAAGAACACCAACAAUCAUGAGUGCUUCGUGGGAUCGUGCUGUUCAGACUUGGGCUUUCGUUCGUUCGCAGCCAAUUCGGAAAUCAGCCACCGAUUUCAUCACUUACGCUGUGAGCUGGACCGUCAUUCUUUUCCUUCUCUACAUUUUCAUCACCGUCAAAAUUAUUUGCAAACUCGCUCCAAGACGCUUCACGCCAUUUACUCGUCGAGCUUUGCCGGAGGUUUUUAAUCAUGAAGAUUAA